AUGUAUUCUUUUGGAUUUUUCAUCAUUUUGAUUACCCAAGUCUUUGUAAUUUCGUGCGAAGAAAGAGAAUCAUGGAACGAAGAACGUCGCCACGUUCAUCACUACGGACACUCAGCACCCGAUGAUCAAUAUGUGAUGGUAGUAGAAUACGACAAUUGUGCCGCUCAAGACUAUCCUCAUCGCAAAGCAACGGUAACUAAAGUUCCAUUUAACGACAUGCAUCGUUAUCACAGAUAUCACCCAACCCACGCGAAUUCUAAGGCCAACGCUAACCAAAUGCGACGAUCUCUUGAUGACAACAGCAACGUCAACACCAAUGUCAACACCAAUUCAGUCCGACGAUCUCUGGAUGACAAAAACAGCAACGUUAACACCAAUGUGAACACCAACCAAAUGCGCAGAUCUCUGGAUGCCAACAGCAAUGUUAAUACUAAUGUCAAUUCUAAUCAGAUGCGCAGGUCAUUGGAUGACAACAGCAAUGUUAAUACUAAUGUCAAUUCUAAUCAGAUGCGCAGGUCAUUGGAUGAAAACAGAAAUGUUAACACCAACGUCAAUUCUAAUCAGAUGCGCAGGUCAUUGGAUGACAACAGCAAUGUUAAUACUAAUGUCAAUUCUAAUCAGAUGCGCAGAUCAUUUGACAAGAAUACUAAUGUCAAUGUCAACACCAAUAGUUUAGGAGGUGAUGGUGAUGGUGCUGAUAUUUUGGUGAAUGAUCACGAGGUCGAUGUUGAAGCUCGUAGAUCUCAUGAGUCCAAUGGAUCUAGGUGGUAUGGCAAUCACAAUCAUGUUCCUAAUCCUAAUGCAAAGAGCAGAAGGAACUCCAGGAAUCAGCUGAACUCGCUUUAUGGUCAUCAGCGCAGUAACUCGCAAGGAUUGAGAAGGAAUGUUCUUGUGGAGAACAAAGGAGAACGUGUUGAGGUUGAUGAUAAUGAGGGUAAUGUUUAUGUUGAACAUGCUGUUGAUUAUGUUGAUAAUCUUGCGCCUUAA